CGGGGGUGGGGCCGUCGCGGUCUCAACCCGGUCACGUCCACUGGGAAAACUGGCGGGGGUGGGUUAGAACUGUGCCCCGCAGCCGGAAAGUAUAGUAACGACUGAGGCAGCCACUCUCGUCGACGUAAAGGGGGGGGGGCUGGCCUGCUUCAAGCGUCUUUCCUGGGGGAAGAGAGCGACGCCCGCCUUUCACCGGAGUUCCGCGGAAGUUGGGGGCUGCUGGGAGGCAGCAGAGGCGCCUCGGAGGACAGGUCCGGCUUGGAGCUGCUCUGGUAGCCCAAGAUGAGGGGCGCAGUGACAUGACCCAGGGAUUCACAAAAAAAACAUAGCAAUACGUGGGAUCAUACCGACUCCUUAAAUCAUAUGGCCUUCCUGAAAAAAAAAGCUGAUUACCUGUCACCGACAUGUUUUAUGAAAAAUCCUUUCCUUAGGAUUUUUCCCUCCUGAGAAGCUGAGAGGCCUCAGGAACAAACUGUAAACAAUUCUUAUCUGCUGCUGUGGAAUGCAACAGGGGGAAUCUGUGAUUGGUCUCAUCUGGUUGUUUUUAAUUAAGGGCCAAUCACAGUUCACCUGUCCAGACUGUCUCGGUCAGAGACAAGCCUUUGUUAUUCAUUCCUUUCCUAUUCUUAGCUUAGCCUUCUGAUGAAAUCCUUUCUCUCUAUUCUUUUAGUAUAGUUUUAAUAUAUUAUCUAUCAUAAACUAAUAAAUCAAGUUUUCUGAUACAUGGAGUCAACUUUCUCGUCUCUUCCCUCAUCCUGGGACCCUUGUGGACAAUACCACAAAUGGUGAUCCCCGAGUGAAAAAAGGAGCACCACCACAAAAGGUUAACACCGAAGACAGAACUGACAGAUGGUGCCUCGAGUGAAGAAAUCACCACAAUUGGACCCUGAGUGAAGAAGAAUUAUUCAUUUGAAGUGGCUUCUAGCCAGGAGCUGAAGAACUGAAGAUCCUGAAAUUGGACAGAGUUCACAGCCGAGGCUGGCCACAGAGAGAACCUUUUGAAAAGUCUCCAAGACAAGAUGUCCGGAAGUCUUCGCAGCACAGAGCAGCCUGCUGAAGCACAGAGGACACUGUCACAAGGUACUGUCAACUCUUCCCUUCCUGAAAAUGCUUCCCUUCUUGCAAGGCAGAUUCGGAUGUGGACAAGGGUGCCUACGGAGGCGGAGGUUCCAUUCUCUCCCUCAGAGGAGAAACUUUUUGGACUCUGGCAAAAAUGGGGUCAUGAGGACAGAAUUCCUAUGCUGAAGAUACAUUUCUAUGAGUUUUUCAGGUGGGCAAAGCACCAUGGCUUUUUCACUGAUGUGCUGUAUGCCCUUGAUUCAUACAUUUGGGAAUGCAUGGAAUUAAUUAUCCGAGACCUUUUUUACCGGGGACUUGGAUUUCCUCGGGUUUAUCCGUCAUUCAGAACUCUCUUCCCAGUUUUGAAACGGAAAGCGUCUGCAUAUCAGUGGAUUGCGGAUUGCCGAGGUAUGGCUCCCUUCUCGCUGGAGCUGGCAAGAGAGGAACCUGUGCAAAACCACGGCCUGCAGGUUCCCAGCCCCCUCGAAUCGGGGCAUGGGGGCGAAGCUUUGCCCGCAGCAGAAGAAAAGUUUUUUUCUGCGCCUUUGGAGCAUGCUCCAACGGAGCCGCUUCCCCCCCCUCACUGCUCUCAGGGGGGAGAUGAGUUGGCUCCGCUGCCCGAGCCGGAGCCGCGGGCCCCACCCCAACCCGCCCCGCAGGAGGUGCCAGUCCCCGCGGCCCCUUCCGCAGCCCCGCCGCAGGCCGGACCGGACCCGCCGCCUCCAGCGGAGUUUGUCGGCGUUCCCGUGGCAGAAGCACCGCCUCCCGCGGCUUCGCCCAAGUUGCUAGGCGACACACUCGACAGCAAUCGCCAAGAGCUCGCGACUGCGCUGCCGCUCCCGGAGCAAAGUGAGACAACAGUGCAGGCGGCACCGGUGGGCGUCGAUCCCGCGCCCCUGCCGCCCCCCGCGGCUGUCCCGCCGCCUCCCGUGUCGGCUCCGCCGGCUUUGCUGUCUGCGCCUGCGCAGCAUCUUCCGGUACCCGGAGAAGACGCGGCUGCUGUCCCCAGCCCGGCGGGGGAUGUGCUCCCCCCGGCUUUGCAGCCCCCACCGACCACCGCGGCGGCCAUCGCGGCGCCUGCGAUCAGCCUGGAUUCCCCCCCGAGCUUUUCGGGCUGUCCCGAGGCUGCCCCUGCGGGGGGAGCUGGGGCAGGGGAAGGGGAUGCCGAUCUGCCCCUCCGUGGGGGGGUUGUGGCUCGACAGCUGAUUGCAGGCUCAGCCCGUCUGCCUGCUUUCAAACUCAGCGUUUUUCGCGGGCCGAUUCGUGUUUGGUUCGGAGGUUCCCGUUGGGGGUUGGAAUGCCUGACUCCCCCUGCGCGCCCCAGCACCGUGGGGGAGGUGGCUCCUGAGCCUUCUGCUUCUGGUCCCCAGCCCGCAGGGAGUGGGGGUGGUACCGAGGGGCAGAAAGGAGGAACACCUUUUGCAUUUGCGUUGCAGAGGCAGGAGAAACAGUGGAAAGUGAGCAUCGCGCGCUGGCUGUGGGGAAAAAACAUCCCCCGACCUGAGAUGAAGUUUCUCGGGAAAGCUCCCCUUCCCCAGCUGCUGAUCUGCACCAGUUCAGAGGGGAUGAAGCGUUCGGUCACUCGUGCUGCUCAGGCAUCGGCAGCAGGGUGCCGGGUUGUGAGACCAUGGAGCCUGCUCCGCGGGCCGGGUCUGGGCCGUUUGGCUCGGUUCCCUGGGCCAGGGCCUCCGCCCGGCCAGCGGCUGUUGGGCUUGCGGGCUUUGCUUCCCCCGUCAGGACACUGGCCACCGUUCUGUGAGCCAGGUCUGGGAUCCCUGAUCCUUCCACGAGGGCCAGGGCCCCCGCAGGGCCUCAGUGGCUCCUCUCUGCUGCUGCUCUUUCAGACAAAAAAAAAAAAAAAAAAUUAAAUAAAAAGAGUUGAAAGAGCUAGCAGCUCAGAAAAUUUUGCAAGCCUGUUUCAGGACCAAAAGGGACUUCCAGCGAUGUCAAAGAGGAACAUCUUCAGUUUGGACUUUUUCUUGAAACUCAGCUGUUUGGACUUGAAGCAAUGAACUUUCUUUGCACUGUUUUUGCGUUUUCUUAUAUCUUAAGAUUGUUUUGGUGAUGUGAUGGAAUUUGGUGUUUUGUAGGUGAAGAAUCUCCCUGAUGGUUCCACACCAGCAUUUGAUUGAUGUUUUGAUUGGCAACACUAAGCCUCUCAGGUGCUUGUUCUUUCCUCUGCAUGGCCCAGCAGAUGAAAUUGCAAACACUUUUCUUUUUAAUUUAUUUAAAAUAAAAAGGGUGAGAUGUCACCGACAUGUUUUAUGAAAAAUCCUUUCCUUAGGAUUUUUCCCUCCUGAGAAGCUGAUAGGCCUCAGGAACAAACUGUAAACAAUUCUUAUCUGCUGCUGUGGAAUGCAACAGGGGGAAUCUGUGAUUGGUCUCAUCUGGUUGUUUUUAAUUAAGGGCCAAUCACAGAUCACCUCUGCAGACAGUCUCGGUCAGAGACAAGCCUUUGUUAUUCAUUCCUUUUGUAUUCUUAGCUUAGCCUUCUGAUGAAUCCCUUCUUCUGUUCUUUUAGUAUAGUUUUAAUAUAUUAUCUAUCAUAAAAUAAUAAAUCAAGUUUUCUGA